AGUCACUGAUUGGCUUCUUCCGGCGUCCGCUACCCUGCUCAUUAGCGGCCAGUUUGAAACAGAUGGAACAAGGUUAAAAACGGUGACAAGACCCAGAACCAGGGUCCGAACGGAUGAUGCCUGAACACUCGGAGUUCCGCAGUGACAGCGACUCCCGGUCGUACUUUCAUGCCAAACAUUGCGCUCUGUCGGCGGUCGCAGCCAGCUGGCACGAGCAGCAAAAACCCGCCAUUUCCGGACAUGUCAAAAGACCCAUGAACGCCUUCAUGGUCUGGUCCAAGAUCGAAAGGAGGAAGAUCAUGGAGCAGAGUCCGGAUCUACACAACGCCGAAAUCUCCAAGCGACUCGGGAAGCAAUGGAAGACGUUGCAGGAGGCGGAGAAGGUUCCGUUCAUCCGGGAGGCGGAGCGGCUGCGGCUGCAGCACAUGGCCGAGCACCCGGAUUAUAAGUUCCGGCCAAAGAAGAAAAGCAGGACCGGGAACAGAACUGACACCAGUGCCGGAACUGAGGCACCGAAAAGGGCUGAGGCCAAAAACCUCAAUAAAAAACUGUCCAAAUUAAAGCCGAGAGCAGAGAUGCCAUGUCCCGCCAGAGGGCGCCACCUCAGCCCGGAGGUUCAGUACAGUAACUUUACAGCCAACCUGACAGUGGGCUUCACCGGUGAUGAGGAGGAGCCUGACUUUGAAGUUGGGGCGGAGACAAGCAUGUUCCACCUCCCCAAAGUCCCGCCCCCCAUGGCUCUGACUUCCUGUUUAGCGGAAACAGAGGAGGUCGGUGUUUACGAUUCCGUGAGUCGUCUCUAUUACAGUUUCAAGAACAUAUCGCGCCACUGUGCCACCAGUCCAGUCUGCCUUUCUGGUUCCUCCUCCUCCUCCUCCUCCUCUGUCUACGGGGAUGACCUAGAAGACGUCUUGGCAGAAGGGCGCAGCCUGCUGGACAGUUUGGAAGGCUCGUCAUCGAGCCUGGGUCUGAUCCUAGUUGACAAAGACCUGGAUUGGUGCGGCAGCGGAGUGAGCCGCGAGGAGAGUCUGGGAUCUCACUUCGACUUUCCGGAUCACUGCACAGCAGAACUCAGUGAAAUGAUUUCUGGAAACUGGCUGCACCCCGACUCUCCAGACGUAGUCUUUACCCACUAACGACACGGAUCCUUUCGGGACCCGGACUCUUCAGGACCGGAUGUUUAUUAUAUGGAGAAACUGUGUUCGGGCCGUUUGACCUGUUCACACAAUGGCACUGAUCUGACUGAGAAGCAGCGACACCCAGAGGAUUUACCUCUUAACUACAGGCAAAUAAUGCUGUCACACUCUCGGUACGCCAAUGUCCAGAGCUCACUGGAACAGUGUCUUGUCGACUGCUGCCCCCUGUGGUCAGUUUGUGUUUCUCAGCUCCAGAUUUAGCUGAAAAGGUCUUGUUGACGUCGACCCUCAAAAAAAACUUUUUAGUUCUUUUUUGUUUUUAUCCACAGCACAUUAUGUUUUCGUGGUUAUUUUUGUUCAACAAAGAAAAGAAAAAAGAAUGAAAGUCCACGUCAUUUGUUGUAGCAGAAAAUAAUCUGCAUCAAAGGGUUUGUUUACGACUAAAUAAAAGUGACAAACGAG